CAACAGGUUCAGAAACCGGACGUCUACAGUCGCCUAAGGGAGGAAAUCGACGACUUUUUCUCACAGAAUGCGGAACCUGAACACUCAGCCCUGUCAAAGCUCCCUUACCUUCAGGCUUGCAUCGAUGAAGCUUUGAGACUGCACCCCCCGGUGCCGUCGGGCGUUCAGCGAAUGACACCGCCCGAAGGCAUGGAAAUUGAUGGGACUUUCAUCCCGGGCAGCACCAUUAUUCAAGUGCCAACAUAUACAAUGUUUCGAGGCAAGUUUUAUGAGCGCUUGUUUUCACAGGCAAAUGAGUUCAUCCCCGAGCGAUGGACCACUCGGCCAGAGAUGGUUAUGGACCCUACGGUUUUUGUCCCUUUCGGCACAGGCAAAUACUCCUGCGCCGGAAAGCAGCUUGGCUUGAUGGAGACCCGGUACUGUGCCAGCCAAAUCAUUCACCGACACGAUGUGAAAUUUGCUCCGAAGCAAACAGUGCGAGCUUUCGUUGAAGGGCAGAAAGAUGGAUUUACUCUAUCGUUGCCAGUGUUGGAACUGAUUUUCAACCCGAGGGAGGAAGGAAGCAGAUCACCUGUUAACCCGAGGUAG